UCUCCUCCUCCUCCUCCUCCUCCUCCUCCGACUACUGCAACUACUAUCCUGCUUUUGCUUUUCCAGCUUCCCAGGCGGUUUCAGUAUCAGAAUGGACAGCUAGGGCGAAGGACACCGAAAGGAACUCACAGGAAAAGCACGAAGAAAACCAUUAGGAACGAACCUUACAGGACAAGUAAGAAUCAGCAGAAAAAAGAGCAUGAUGGGAUAUAAAAGAAGAAAAUGGGUGCCAAUCAUUGGAGUGCUGGACUAGUGGAUUCUGUAGGCUAGAACUUGAUCCAAGCCAAUCGGAGACGGCUGGAUUCCCGCCCUCUUUUGACGAUUGUCGGAGGGCAAGUUUUGGGACUCUUCACCUGUACCGUUGGGGGUGCCCUGGGUUUGAGAUUGAACCACUGCCCGUGCAACCAGUGCCUCCAAAGCCAACAACAAACCUGAAUUCGCCGACAAGCACAGGUAGUAGUCCUCCAUCCAGGCAAGUUGAGAGUGUGCUUGAGAGUAAUAAUACCUGCCCAAGUUCAGGCUCUCCCGUCGCCACCCAUCCGUGUGUAAUAACAUCAUCCCAACAGUGAAAAACAGAAGGGCGAAACAACGCCUUGUUAACUUUCAAAAAUUCGCCAUGGCCAAACGGAAAAAAGAUUUGGCAGACAUGGAAUUGGCGACUGUGAUAUCAUUCCUAGUGUUAGGUUGGGUCAGUGGGGAGUAUCUGCAAAGUCGAUACGACGACUCCAAUACCUACUACGACCGUUUUUUAUUAGACUCUCCGUACAAUCUGUGCCGGGAUCCGUUGAUGGCCCAGGCCAAUGUCAGUGCUACGAGUUCGGCCAGUCAGCGAACCCCGGAUAUGGCCCGUCUUUGGGGUGGAUCCGCGUGGACGGCGGAAAACUCCGACUUUCAACAGGCCUUGAAUAUCGAUCUGGGCAUCAUUAAAAACGUGACUGGGAUCGCCAUGCAAGGUCGGGCUCACUCUGAAGAGUAUAUCAUUGAGUAUCGUAUCCAGUACGGAUCGAACGGCAAGGACUGGAUCGAUUACAAGGAGGUGGAUGGCUCUCCCAAGUUGUUCGUGGGUAACGUGGAUGGGGAUUAUGUGGUGCGAAAUGACUUUGAUCAGCCCAUCAUAGCCCAAUGGAUCCGAGUCAAUCCCACGCGAUGGGCUGACCGAAUCUCGAUCCGGAUGGAGCUAUACGGAUGCAACUACAUUCCUGAUGUUCUGCACUUCAACGGCACGGCUCUCAUUCGUCGAGAUUUGGCCAGAUUCCCGGUUGCAUCAUUGCGUGACACGGUUCGUCUGAGGUUCAAGACCAACCACGAGAAUGGAGUGAUCCUAUACUCGCGAGGAUCUCAAGGAGACUACAUCGCUCUUCAGUUGGUUGAGAACAGAUUGCUUCUCAACAUAAAUCUUGGAUCACGAUUGGAGACGUCCAUGGCUUUGGGAUCCCUCCUUGAUGACAAUCUCUUCCAUGAAGUGGUCAUCUCGAGAGAGAGACGCGAUGUGAUCCUCUCUGUUGACCGUGUACGAAUCCGCGAUCGGAUCAAGGGGGACUUUCACAAACUCAAUCUCGAUCGACAUCUGUACAUUGGUGGAGUUCCUAAUGUGGAAGACGGCUUGGUGGUUUUUGAGAACUUCACCGGUUGCAUUGAGAACAUGUAUUUGAAUCAUUCCAACGUCAUUGCCGGUUACAAGGACAGGUUGGGCUAUGAUGACCGAUUCUACAAUUACGAAGACGUGGGAGGAGUCAUCAAAGGCUGUCCCGUGGAUUACUUCACUGUUCCGGUGACUUUCAAAAAACCCAAGGCCUGGGUUAGGCUCACUGGCUACGAAGGAUCUUACGGCCUGAAUGUCAGUAUGGAAUUCCGAACCUACGAGGAGAACGGUUUGCUCCUGUACCAUCGCUUCAGCUCGGAGGGAUUUGUGAAGCUCUUCAUGGAGGAUGCCCGAAUUAAAGUUCUGAUCGUGGCGGCGGACAUUCCCCAAGUGGAACUGGACAAUUUCGACCAAACCUACAACGACGGGAAGUGGCACACGGUGGAAUUGGCCAUGAGCAAAAAUAGAGCCGUUCUGACAAUUGACCGCGAUCCCAUGGAGACACGAAGGAUCUUGGAAAUUGCCACUGGGGCCUAUUACAUGAUUGGAGGGGGGUUGCACCGGGAAGCUGGCUUCGUUGGGUGUAUGAGGCAUAUCACAAUUGACGGCAACUACAAGAUCCCGUCUGAUUGGAAAGACGAAGAAUACUCCUCAAAGGAUGACAUUGCUCUCGAGUCUUGUCACGUGGUCGAUCGCUGCACCCCCAAUCCAUGUGAGCAUGGUGGUGUCUGCAAACAAAAUUCUCGCGAGUUCUAUUGUGAAUGUGAGGGCACAGGCUACACAGGCGCCGUUUGUCAUACCUCCCUCAAUUUCAAGUCCUGUGUUCAUUACAAGAACGCUCAUCCCGAGUCUCGCUACGCUGAGACUAUCAUUGAUGUGGAUGGAUCUGGUCCAUUGGCGCCCUUCCCUGCCCGUUGCGAGUUCUUUCCCGAUGGAAGAAAUAUCACUUACGUCGGUCAUCGCAACGAAGAGGCCACUAAAGUGGAUGGCUUUGAGGAAAAGGGCAGCUUUCAGCAAACCAUUUACUAUGAUGCAACCAUGGAGAUGAUGGAGGCCCUGAUCAAUCGCUCCGUGGCGUGCGUUCAAAAACUGGGUUAUGAUUGCAAGCGAUCUCGUCUUUUGAACACUCCCGUGGGAUAUAGUGACAAUUUCUCGCCUUAUGGUUAUUGGGUCUCGAGGCAGAACCGUCCCAUGGAUUAUUGGGCUGGCUCGUUGCCCGGCUCAAGGAAAUGUGAGUGUGGAUUGUUGGGGGUUUGCUUUGACCCCGACAAAUGGUGCAAUUGUGAUUCCGGCCAUGAUGAUUGGCUUUGGGAUGGAGGCGAAAUCACCCAAAAAGAGUACCUCCCGGUGAAGGCCCUCCACUUUGGCGACACCGGUAAUCCUUUGGACAGAAAAGAAGGUCGCUACUCCCUUGGACCCCUCGAAUGCGAUGGUGAUACCAUGUUUGACAAUGUGGUGACAUUCCGCAAGGACGAUAGUGCCAUAGAGUUGCCUCAAAUCGAUUUUGGCCAAAGUGGGGACAUUUACUUUGAAUUCAAGACCACCUCUCAGAAGACCAUGGUCCUAAUCCAUUCCCAGGGAACCAACGGGGAUUUCAUCAUGGUCUCGCUUAUAAGUGGGAACCAUAUCCAGUUUGAGUACGAAUCUGGCAAGGGUCCUCAAGGCGUGACAGUGGAGACCUCCUAUCGACUGGAUGAUGAUCAGUGGCAUUCCGUAUUGGUGGAAAGAAACAGGAAAGAAGCCAUGGUAAUUGUGGAUGGUGCCAGAAAGGGCCAAGUCAAGGAACCCAUUGGACCCGUGAGACCCAUGUUGCUGGAUCAGCAUCUGUUCGUUGGAGCCUCCAAAGACUACACGGACGGUUUUGUUGGUUGCAUUCGUGCCAUGGUCAUCAAUGGGGUCAUUGCCGACCUGUUGUAUGAGGUCAACAAAAACCCAUGGGGCCUCUACGGUGUGGGCACAGGGUGCGAGGGCAAGUGCAAGAACGCGCCCUGCAUGAAUGGAGGCACCUGCAAAGAGGGCUAUGAUCAUUUUGAAUGUGAUUGUCGCUGGACGCCGUUCAAGGGACCAAUUUGUGCCGAUGAGAUUGGUGUUAAUAUGCGAACUAACUACAUGAUCAAAUACGACUUCAAGGGUAACUACAAAUCCACCAUUGCCGAGAGGAUCCACGUCGGCUUCACCACGACUGAUCCCAAAGGAUUCCUUAUCGGGGCUUAUUCCGACAUCAGCCAGGAAUAUCUGACUUUGAUGAUUUCGAAUUCUGGACAUCUCCGAUUAGUCUUUGACUUUGGUUUUGAGCGACAGGAGAUGAUCUUCACCGAGCAGAAUUUCAUGACAGGCCAAUACCACGAUGUACGAAUCGAGCGCUUCAAUCAGGGACGCAAACUCAUGAUGAAAGUGGACAAUUACGAGCCUCAGAUUUAUAGCUUUGACGAGUCUUUGAAAUCCUCCGCUGACGCUCAGUUUAACAACAUCCGCUACCUUUACAUCGGUCGAAACGAGACCAUGCGAGAGGGAUUUGUGGGUUGCAUCUCACGAGUCGAAUUCGACGAAAUCAUCCCCCUCAAGCUGCUCUUCCAAGAGGAUCCGCUCUCCAACAUUGCUGCCACUCCCGAAACAAUCACAGAAGACUUUUGCGGGAUUGAACCCGUGACCUAUCCUCCCGAGGAGGAGGAGACCCGUCGGCCACCCGAUGUGGACGAGGAGAAAAUCGAGCAUCUGUAUCGAACCACCAACUCAGCCAUCUUAGGCGUGAUCCUGGCCAUCAUCUUCAUCCUCAUCGUGAUAUUCGCCGUUCUGGUGGGCAAGUACAAAAAUCGACACAAGGGCGAGUACCUCACCCGCGAAGAUGAGGGCGCUCAAGACGCCUUCGAUGCCGACACGGCCGUACUUCAGGGCAAAACUGGUCAUCAAGUUGAGAAGAAAAAGGAAUGGUUUAUCUAAAUCGGGAGGGUCAGACUCCAAAGCAAUCACAAAUUAUUACUAUUGUACUGUAUGGCGCGAUAUCCAAUUCUUCCACUUCCGUCUCAUGCCUCGACUACUCUUGAAGAAAUGCCUCCGCGCUUUUUAAACCACCGUCGAUCAAGUCAUAUUGUACAUUGGCAUACAACAUGCAACAUUAACAACUACUCUUCCACAUUCCAAGAAUCCUCAACGUAACCUUACUCCUGCUAAUCUCAAUUUAUUAGAAUCUACCAAAGGAAACAUCGUUGCCAUUUCUCGACCUCGCCUCACGGGAAUGGGAUCUUUUCUCUUCAUCAAAUACUAGAUAAAACUAUGAUUUUUGAUACCAUCCCAGAGUAAGGCAAAGAAUAGGAAGACAAGCUAACGCUGGGUGAACCAACCACGUGGUGCCACGAACUCAAAAGAAUGGAAGCGUUAGCAACAUAUGGAAUAAGAAUCGUGUGCAAACAAGGUUGCUACUCGACACACACACUCGUACACACACGCAUACAUAUGGCCUCGUACCCCCGAUAUGAAAAUGAAAAUUAAUCAUAAUAAAUGAUAUACAAUAAAACUGAAUCCACGUCUCA